UAUAUAUGUACAAAGAUGGGGAAUGAUAUCCAGCAUCCCAGACUCAGAAUCACCAAGAAAGAAAAAGAUAUGGAAGCAGCCAAGCAACAAACGCAGAGUCAUUUCAUUCUGGUACACGGUGGUUGCCACGGAGCUUGGUGUUGGUACAAGCUCAAACCACUGCUCGAGUCUCAUGGCCACAAGGUCACUGUCCUCGACCUUGCAGCCUCUGGCAUCAACACGAAGAAGAUAGAAGAGGUUAUCACUCUUUAUGAUUACACGGUGCCGUUGAUGAAGCUCAUGGAAUCACUUCCUCUGGGUGAAAAGGUGAUUCUUGUUGGGCACAGUUUUGGUGGCAUGAGCUUGGCCCUUGCCAUGGACAAGUUCUCCGAGAAAAUCUCUGUCGCUGUCUUUCUCACUGCUUUCAUGCCUGAUACUGUACACAAACCCUCGUUUGUUAUCGAUCAGUACUUUAAGGAGACAACCCCAGAAUCAUGGUUGGACACCAAGUUUGAAUCCUGUGGAACGCCUGAAGUGCCCCUAACAUCCGUGUGCUUUGGCCCCAAAUACAUGGCAUCCAAACUCUACCAACUGUGCCCCAUCCAAGAUUUCACACUAGCAACAACGUUAGUGAGGCCAGGGUCAUCAUUUUUAGAAGAUUUGACACAUGCAAAUAACUUCUCAAAUGAAGGUUAUGGAUCGGUGACGAGAGUUUUUAUUGUCUGCAACGAAGAUUAUACAAUAACAAAGGAAUACCAAUGGUGGAUGAUCGAAAAUAUCGGAGGAGUGAAAGAAGUGAUGGAGAUCAAGGGUGCGGAUCAUAUGCCAAUGUUUUCAAAGCCUCAAGAACUCUGUUGCUGUCUCUUAGAAAUUGCUAAUAAGCACACUUAAACAUAUGAUAGCAAGCAAAUAAAACAUUCUCGAAAAUUCCUGUUAUGUGAAAGUUUUGAAAGUUUUGAUUAUGUGAAAGUAUUGAUGUUGCAUUGGUUGUGGUUGUUUUCAAA